AUGUGUGGCAUCUUCUUCUCUUUGAGUACUGGGAAACACUGCUAUCCGGACCAAUUGAUAGAGCAGCUUAUCCGGAAUAGAGGUCCGGAUAGCUUUCAGACGCACUGUGUCUGUGUUGAUGAGUCUGCCUACCUGACAUUCACAUCUUCUGUUCUCGCGCUUCGAGGAGAGUCUACACAGACACAGCCGCUGGUAGGCGACAAUCAGUCAGUUCUAUGUUGGAAUGGCGAGGUGUGGAAGCUUGCAGACGGCGCGUUGAAAGGAAAUGACACCUACGCGGUCUUUCAGUCGUUUGUUGGCGCGUUGAAGCCGUGUACUGGUGAAGACAGGGAAGAUACGUUGAAGAAACUCUGUGUUGCAAUUAACAAUAUCUCAGGCCCGUUUUCUUUUAUCUUUUAUGAUAGCUAUUUCCCUCGGGUGAUUUACGGGAGAGACUAUCUUGGUCGACGCUCAUUGCUCCACGGAUGGAAUAAGAAUGGAGACUUUAAGAUAUCCAGUGUCCGCGACGGUCAUACGUCAAACUACUUUGAAGAAGUUGAUACCACUGGGAUUUAUGUCAUUGACCUCGCGGGACUAUCUAGUCAUGACAUUGGAAACAAUACUGAAGCACCCAAAUGCCCUGUCAAGAUCUCUAUUAUCCCAUGGUCCCCCGAUCCGUCCUCAAGUCUUAAACGACCGAUCCCUGUCAUGAAUACAUCUACUCCCGAGAACGAGCCUGCACCCCGGCUAGCCAUCGAUUCGCCCUGUAUCAGUAUACUACAUAGGAAACUACAGGAAUCGCUUGAAGUACGGCUGACCACAAUACCGGGUAUCCUCACAUCGCUGGAUGCUAAAAUUGCAAUCCUCUUCUCUGGAGGGCUAGACUGUACUCUGCUUGCAAGAUUGGCCCAUGAUAUUCUACCUAAGGGUACACCGAUAGACUUACUCAACGUGGCCUUUGAGAAUCCUCGAGUAGUAGCGGCAGCUACAAAAAGUAUGACGUCCGCUGCUUCAACAUCUAUAUAUGAUGACUGCCCCGACCGCAAGACAGGUAUAUCCUCGUAUCACGAGUUGAAGAAUGUCUGCCCCAACCGCCAGUGGCGGUUCGUCCGCAUUAACAUUCCAUAUACUGAGACAGUUGAGCACCGACCGCAGAUUAAACACUUAAUGUCACCACAUAACACAGAGAUGGAUCUCUCUAUCUCCUGUGCUCUUUACUUUGCUGCGAGAGGUAAAGGGGCCUAUCAUCCUAAUGAUGAAAACAAAGAUGGGAUCCACUAUACCACACCCGCUCGUGUCCUACUAUCAGGUUUAGGUGCCGACGAGAUUUUUGCAGGCUACAGUCGUCACUCCAUCGCUUUCUCACGACAUCAUUAUCGCGGCUUAUUGGACGAAGUCCAGCUUGACGUUGGCAGGUUAGGUAAACGUAACCUGGGUCGUGAUGACCGCGUCAUUUCUCACUGGGGAAAGGAAGCGCGGUAUCCAUACUUGGACGAGGGCUUUGUAACAUGGGCAUUUUCUCGGCCAAUAUGGGAGAAGUGCGGAUUUGGAUGUGAGAGAAUAGAUUCGGAUUCGUGGGCAAAAGUGGAGGAUGGAAAGAAAGCUCUUCGCCUUGUAGCGUGGAAAUUAGGCAUGCGAGGUGUAGCUAUGGAAAAGAAGAGAGCUAUACAAUUUGGAUCUCGCACAGCAAAGAUGGAGAGUGGAAAGAGCAGAGGGACACAGAUUCUUGAAUGA